AUGCAAUUUUCAGCCCAACGUCAACAGUGGACCUCCAGGGUCGAGAACAUGUUCGAAAUCGAUGGGGACAUGAUAGAAAAGAUGACAAACGUCUUUGGCCAGCUCCCAAUUCUCCAAUACCUGUCAAAACCAACAAUAACUUUGGCAAACUAUGAGGCUGCAAUAUACACAGGUCAUCUCAACCAAGUACGCGUUGACAUCUUCCCUCGGGAUGAUAUGGGAAUGUCGGCCGACAAUUACCUUGAUUACAUCCCGAUCGCAUGGACAACAAUCAAUGCCGCCAACAAUUUCCAGCUUUCUGGUGAGGAAAUGUGGGAAAUGAUGGUGAUAUCGAUGCUGAAUUACCAGGUUGAUGAAUACAUGGAAUGCGUUGUGGCCCGUCUGGAUAUAUCGAGGUUGCAGGACCUGGAGAUGAGUAUUGGUACCGAGGUACGAAACACAGGGCCACAAGCUGAAUCAUCCUUGUCACUCUACUCGACCAAACUCCAGCCGACAAACCUGACACUCCCACGAUCCGACCAAAGCUCGCCUCCCAAAGACUUGGAGUCGACAAAUGUAGCUGAAGUAUUAUGCAAAUACAUCAGACACGUGAAGCAACACAAAGCUCUGCUCCGUAGUCAAUUGUCAACUCGAGAGCGCGCACUACACGAACCCGAGAAGUUCCUUUUGGCACACCUGGCGCAUAAUGCGGAUAACGCGGUCUGCUGGGAAAUUCUCUCACCCAGCCUCGACGAGGCGAUAAGAGUAAAGAUGCAGGCAUUUAUUGGCGUUACAGACCAGUUUGGCCAGAUAUACGUGGCACGAGAUGUUGCUAGCAGACGACAGAAAGAAAAGGGAGCUAGCUAUUAG